CCAAAAUUUUGGGAGAAAGCCUUUAAUAUUUAAAUUUUGCAAGAUACGCCCAAAAUUCUCCGUGAGUUUAUGGUCCAAACUAUGCCCCAAGGCAGCAGCUAAGCCACUGUGGACUAUCGUCAGCCAUGCUUGAGAAUGCUGUCAUUAAGGAGCGACCCAUCUAUCAGGAUGUCCAGCGGCUCACGGACGCCCAGCUGUCCACCAUGUGCCAGAAUCACCAGAUCUUCCUGGGUCCGAUAACGUCCGCCAAUCGGCGUUUCGCGGAGCGCCAUCUCCACGUAGCGAUGAUCGAGGCACGGGCCAAGUACCGGGCCCACCAGCAGUUCGCCGAGGAGUGCACCCUGCGGAUCUCCAGCAGUUUCCAGCCAGUUCCUCCUCCCCAGCAGCACUAUGGUAUGAUGAACGCCGUCCACCCACGACCGACUGUAGUCCCGCAGAAUUACUGGCCAUCUCCCGGUUCCUUCAAGAUGCGUGGCCCACCGCCGCCCACCAGAUUCUUCCAAAAUCCUAAGGAACGACCGGAUCCGGUUCUCGAGCCACGUCAGUACGUCGCUUGGCGGCAGCAGAACAAGUUGCGCAACCAAACGGCAACUGAUUUUGGAACCAAAAUCCUCGGCUUCAAGAUGCCCUUCUCCCUGGAUGCUGCCAGGGAUCUAAGCUCGAGGAUAAGCAGCACCAUUAAGCGAUUUCAGGGCGGAGGUGAGGAAUUCCAGCAGGAAUCUGCCAAGCCAGAGCAGGAUAAAAACGAGAUGGCCGACCAUCAAGAGAAGUACCAAGAUGCAAAUCAGGCGAAAUAUCGAAAUGCAUAUCAAGAGGAUUAUCAAGGGGAGUACGAAGAGCAGUCCGAAACAGAAAGUGAAAAGGAAGGGUCCCCAAAGGACCUUGAACAUCCUUACGACGUGGAUAUGGAACGCGACACACUCUCCGAUGAUUCAGAGGACGAUGGGGAGCAGCAGGAGAAUGAGAAACAGACCAACCCCCGUUCCUUUUCCCAUGACCUUCUGGAACUGAAGAAUCUGUUCAACGGGGCGGAUGCGGAACCUCAGAGCGAACUGGGCGACUACAAGAGUUUCAUCAGCCUGGCCAGCGUUUACCACGAGUUCACCAACCCAGAGCCAAUGGAGCGAAAAGAGAAAUCUGUGGACAAGGAGCCCCUUUUCCGCUGGUGGUGGCUGCGGAGGGCGUCGGCGGGGGACGAGCGGAUUCCCGAGGAGGAGCGCACCACCGAACAGGAUCUGAUGCAGGAGCGCGAGCUGAAGACCAUCAACUACCUCAGCGAGGCUCAUUCGCGGGUGGACGAUGGGAUGCUGGAGCUGAUGGGCAGGGUGGAACUGCGCGACGACAGCGAUGAGGAGGGGGCGGUGGAGGGCGGACCGAGAUCCCGAUCCUGUGCUGGUUUCUGCCGCCACAUCUUCCACCUGCUCUGCUGCGAUCGUCAUGGAAAACUCGAUGCGGACAAGCUACGCUGCAGCUUUUUCUGCUGCUGCAUGGCCUUCGGCAUUUACGUCGCCUUCAAAAUGAUGCGGUAGUUGCACAAAUGCGGCUUAAACUGGGGCCAGUUAGUCACUAUAUUUGAUAUGUCCAUAUUGUCCAUAGGAAAAUUAUGCUUAUCUCAGUUGAGAAAAGGAUGCGCGUUGAAUUUCAAGUUGUGUAUCACAGACUUUUGUAAUCAGCUUUCUUUGUUUUCUUACGUUGAGAUACGCACUGUGUGUUCAUAAUAUAAAUAAUGUGCAAUAAACGGACUAAGUAGAGUUUAUUCGAUAAA